UUGAGUCUGUCAUUCAAAGUCAGAUUCGUGCUCAGGGGUCUCUUAACAUCAAAAAGUGAUUUUACUGGGAAAUAUUGAUAAGGACUGCAUUUCAAAGGAUCACAAAAGUCCCAAAAGAAAGUCUGCGAUGGCUUCGACACCCUCUGCCUCAGCCCUGUCGGCUGUUCUCCGGUGUCAGGGGAAUAUCCUCGCCCGAAAACAGGCCAACAAGAAGCGGUCUCCAGCGUCGGUCUACGGGCUCGGAAGGACCGGGGGAGAUUCGGUCAGAUCUUAUUUUCGCUCUCUUUGGGGAUUCGUGUUUCACAGGGAGCGAGUGGAUAUUCCCGGAGUUCUGUCCGUUACAGCGCGGUUUGAAACGUCCUGUUCAGGAAAAUCAUUUGAAUCCAAAGAUCAACUGCUCAAAAACUCUACAAAGUUUGACAGCCGAAUGGUAAUGAAAGCACCCGGUGCAAAGACGAAAGUUAUGUCGGACUAUGGUUUUGCUUUUAAAUCUCAACGCUAUAGUGUUUCAUCCAAAACCAACCCGGUUCUUCGACUGGAUGGCACGCGUUUACGAAAACUAACCUUGGAUCAUCCACGGACUUUAUGUGUUUGUGUAGUUUGCGCUCAGAGUAUAAGCACGCUGAACCGCAGUAGUGUGAAUGAGUUGUUCCCUCUUGGCUUAUUGUGGUCUUUAAAGGAUAAACUGAUAUAUUUGACAACUGCAGUGUCAGACAGUGUGCGGACGCAACCUGGAAUAUGCAGGAUGAACCAGCUUCAACCGGAUUGUGAUAAGUUGAGUGGGUGUGUCAAAUGCACCUCUGAACAUCAUGAAGAUCAAGGAGCUGAACCUGGGGAAUGAGUCUUCUGCUGUAGACCACGACACACACUUCACACAAAUGCACUUUCAUACCCAUGAUAGA